GCCUUGGGACUUUUGCUGAGGUCUGGAAGUUUUGGGGUACCUGGGGCAGCCAUGGUGUCUAGAUAUUUGCUGGUUGUCCUGCUGACCUUGUCUUGUAUCUCUCAGGUGAUGGUGGAAGCAAGUUCAUGGUGGUCACUGGCAAUGAACCCCGUCCAGCUCGAGGUUUACAUUAUUGGGGCUCAGCCUCUGUGCAGCCAGUUAACGGGGCUCUCCCAGGGGCAGAAGAAGCUGUGCCUGCUCUAUCAGGACCAUAUGCAAUAUAUUGGGGAGGGAGCAAAGACUGGGAUCAAAGAGUGCCAGUACCAGUUCAGACACAGGAGGUGGAACUGCAGCACUGUGGAUAACACAUCAGUGUUUGGCAGGGUUAUGCAAAUAGGGAGCAGAGAGACUGCCUUCACAUAUGCCAUCAGUGCCGCCGGAGUGGUGAAUGCAGUAAGCCGAGCAUGCAGAGAGGGGGAGCUCUCGACCUGUGGCUGCAGUCGGGCAGCCAGGCCUAAGGAUCUGCCCCGGGACUGGUUGUGGGGUGGCUGUGGAGAUAAUCUAGAUUAUGGCUAUAGAUUUGCCAAGGAGUUCGUAGACGCCAGGGAAAGAGAAAAGGUCCAGCAAAAAGGAACAUACGAGAGCGCCCGGACUCUUAUGAACCUGCACAACAAUGAAGCUGGAAGGAGGGCUGUAAGUACGUUGGCGGAUGUUGCCUGCAAAUGCCAUGGCGUGUCUGGUUCUUGCAGCUUGAAGACUUGUUGGCUGCAACUUGCCGACUUCCGGAAGGUAGGAGACCUUUUAAAGGAGAAAUACGACAGUGCAGCAGCUAUGAAACUCAACACCAGAGGGAAACUUGUGCAGGUGAACAGCAAAUUCAACUCCCCUACCACGAGCGACCUGGUUUACAUUGACCCAAGUCCGGAUUAUUGUGUUCGCAAUGAAAGCACUGGGUCUUUAGGAACCCUGGGAAGGCUGUGCAAUAAAACGUCGGAGGGCAUGGACGGCUGUGAACUUAUGUGCUGCGGUAGAGGUUACGAUCAGUUCAAAACUGUUCAGACUGAGAGGUGCCACUGCAAGUUUCACUGGUGUUGUUACGUCAAAUGCAAGAAAUGUACCGAGAUCGUUGACCAGUUUGUAUGCAAGUAAGACGCAAACUGUGGACUACGAACAAUAUUGAAUAUCCGCAUUAAUUUAUAGAGGUCACUUAGGAGUUGCAAGCAUACAGCAACUGGAUCCAUUCUCUUUAAUUCACUCAGCCGCUCUUGGGGGUAACAUGGAAAAAAAAAGAAAAAAAAAGAACAAAAUAAUGGAAACGAUGAACUGAAAAUAUUUAUUUACAGAAAUAAAGACUUUUUAUAAGUAUAUAAUUAGAUAAAGACCGAAAUGCACGGGAUUUAGAAAAUGUAUAGUAGGUAAAGACAAGUUUAUAUGGAAAAAGAGAGUAAAAAGCAAAGACAGAU